AAAGAUGUUUCCAAGCUUAUAAAAAAAGCAGAUAAUAUCCAGGUAAAGGAUUUAUCAAAACCUGCCAGAGAUGAACUCUUACUUGUGAAAGACCAGCUGCAGACUUUUUUGGCUGGAAUGAAGCACAAGGGUUGGUAUUUUCCAAUCAACUUUAUGGAUGGCUUGCAUGCAGAUAUACCUAAAGUUAUGAGCAUGUGUCCAACCAAGACAGAGGAAGACGUCAGAAAUCUCAAUAAAAGAAUAGAGGGUUACGGACAGAAAGCAAGGUCUUGUGUACAGAUAUUAAAGGAGGGAGUGAAAAAUGGAUAUGUUUUCCAUCUUCUCUCAAUAGAAGGUGUGCCAGAUCAGAUUUAUAAUAUGAUCAAUGUUCAGCUUAGCCCAGAAAGCGAUGUUUUUCUUUCUCCAUACAAAGAGUUCCCCGAAGGAUCCAUAGAAACUUCUAUAAAAGACAAACUUUUGGCAGAAGCAAAGCAGGCUGUACAAAACAUCGUGAGACCAGCAUUUAAAGAAUUGGCUGAAUAUAUAGAAAAUGAUUAUUUGAAGCACACACGCUCUGAUGUAGCGGCCUCCUCCCUCCCUAAUGGUCAGGAGCUAUAUCAGGCAUGUCUGGAUUUUCAUCUUUCUCUAUCAAUGACCCCAAAGGAAGUGUUUAACAUAGGUCAGGAAGAGGUGGAGAGAAUCACGCAGGCAAUGAAAAAGAUCACCCAGGAGGAAGGCUAUGGAACAGAUAUAAGGAAGUUUAAAGAAGACAUUUCCAAAAGGGAUGAAUUCCACUUUAAAACUCCUGAAGAGCUGAUUGAUUAUGUACAGAAGACAUGUUUUGAGAAAAUUCAACCAAAGUUACCUCUUUUAUUUAAGGAAUUUCCAAAAUCUAAACUGAAGAUAGAGGCCACUCCGCCCCUUAUGGAUGGUGGAGCAUUGGCGUUCUACAUGAGUGGGUCCCCUGAUGGAACUAGGCCUGGUGUGUACUACAUUAGUACAUCUAACUUGCCUGGAAGUCCAAAAUAUGAACUACCAGCUUUGAGUUUACAUGAAGGAGAGCCUGGACAUCAUUUUCAGGUCAGUAUCUGUUAAAAGUAUCUGAGAAAA